AUGGCGGAGCAAGAGUUCAAGGUCCUUCCUGGUGUUCGGCGGUGUGCUAGCACCGGUGAGCUGAUCACCGGCAAGCAAGUAAUUCGUCCCCUCCGUUUCUUCGUGAGUGAUGCGGCUUUGAAAAUCGUGGCUGCCCUCCGCUCCGUAGUGGAGGCUCGCUUGGAGGAGCUGAAGAAAGACAAGGAAACCCGACUGGUCGACAUCUUGGACACGAAGAUUUCCCAAGACGACGUCGUUUUGUCGAAGAAAAACAUGGAAAUCAUGAAAUCCUAUGCAGCCCAUCUCUUCCAGGGUGUGGAGGAGCGGAAAGAGCUCAUCUCGGCGAAAGAGCACAGGGCGGCAGUGCUGUACCUGAGUUGCUGCUACGGCCUCCAGAAGGUCGAGAAGGGUGGCAACGAUGAGAUGGCAGUCCUGAAGGGCAUCUACCUGGCGGUGAAUGGCCGCUCCAUUCCGCAGAAGCCACUUCGAAAAUCAUCAGAAUCGAGUCUGAGCUCGUAUGAGAUCGGGCCCGAGGAUGGCGAGGAGCAGAGCAAUGAUCUAGAUGAGAUCUUUGAAAUCUUCGAUGAUUCAGACGAUAAUGAUGAGGAAGCUGUUGAGAUCGCAAUUAUUUCGUGGUGGUUUUGGAAUUGA